AUGGAAACUGAAGAUUCCCCCCAAGCUACAGAUUUUCUUCUGUUGGCUUACCACGAUAAAAUCUCUUCCAAUGAACAAAGGGCAAAAAGAAAUCUAACCGCUGACCCUUCCUAUGGUAUCUGUGGUUGGACUUCGGAAUCUGUUCUCCAUAUUCUUAGAGAUUUCCCCAGAGCUCAAAGUAUAUGGAAUAAUGUGCUAACCCAUUCACCAAGCACACUGUUUUUCCACGCUAAUCUCAAAGCCUGGAUCUAUAGUAAUCUGCUAUCUAAAACUAGUUGGAGUGCUGUUGCUAGAGCUCUAGCUAAGGCUAAAGGGAACGUUCUUCGAAUAUUUGCCUACCUGCUCCUUGAGGAUAAAAUACUUGGACUUCCAAGAUUAUUACUACGUGUGACUACUUGCACUUGGGUAUACGCAACAGCUGGGAUGCCAUGGAGCAUUGGGUUUGUCUUUACUUGUUGGUAUAUAUGGAAAUGGAGGAAUCAAUAUGUGUUUAAUGAGGAGGAACCCCUUCCUUUUAGCCCGCUGAUUGUUAUUUUGAAUGCUGCAAGAGAAUGGUUCUCUAAUGCUUAUGCUCUCCAGUCCAAAACUCUCAAGACUCAGGUCCCUCUAGCUUGGGAGCCCCUCGCUGUUGGUGGCUUCAAACUGAAAGUGGAUAGGUCUCGGAUAAGUUCUAAUGGAGCUAUUGGUGCUGGAGGUGUGAUUCGAAACUCUUUAGGGGAUUGGGUCACGGGUUUUACAGUUAAUCUAGGCAAAGGCCAGAUCUUAGAUGUUGAGAUAUGGGGGCUGUUCUUUGGCCUUAAAUUGGCAGCAGAAAGAGGUAUCUCUAACCUUGUGGUAGAGAUGGAUUCUGCAACUGCAGUACAUCUUCUCCAAAGGUCUGAGACCCCUAGCUUUCAUCCUCUUCCUGGAGUGCUCUCAGACUGCAGAAAGUUUGUUGAACAACUUGGAAAUUGUGGUGUAAAUCAUGUUUACCGUGAGCAGAACUGUGUGGCUGACAGUCUAGCCCAAGCGAGCUACAACGGUGAUCUGGGCGUAUGGCCUCUUGACUCUGCUCCAGCUUGGAUUGGCACCUUAUUAGCUGACGACGUGAUGGGGGUCUCUAAGACCCGCUGGAUCUUGUUUUGA